AUGGGAGUCUCACAAGCCAGCUAUAACAUAAAGCCAAGGUACAGUGCCUUUAAGUACGCUGCUGCCAGAGUUGUUUCUGGUGGUUGUCCUUACGGAUGGCAUCAGUACAACAAACGUUGUUACUGGUUCAGCAGGGACCGGUUGACUUGGUAUAGAGCUUCUAUGAGAUGUGCUGCCAUGGGAGGAUACCUCGUCUCAAUUGACCAGUCCCACGAAAACACAUAUGUCAGACACAUGUUGAGCGUCUAUGGAUUCGUUGAGGCAAGCUACAAUUAUGCCCCUAAAUAUAACAAAUUCGGAUACGUCGCCGCCAAGAUUGCUGCUGGCACCUGCCCAUACGGGUGGGCACUAUACCAUGGGAGCUGUUAUUAUUUCAGCCGUGACAGACUUUCAUGGUGGCAGGCAGAGAUGAAAUGUGCUUCCAUGGGAGGAUUCCUGUGUAAUGUGGAUGAAGCUCAUGAAAAUACAUAUGUCAGGCAUCAUCUGGCAAUGUAUGGAGUGUCCCCUGGAGCAUGGAUGGCCCUGAACGACUGUCUCUAUCCUAACGCUCACAGAUGGAGCUGGGGAUUCUCAAAGAGGCGAUGCCACAAGUUUGAUUGGUAUGGUAGCGAGCCCGUGUACCAUAAAAAGGGAGACUGGAAUUGUGGAGUUUUCUGGCAGCAUUACAAAUAUCAUUGGCAUGUGGACAGCUGUGCUCAUAGGAACUACUACGUCUGUGAAAUGAAACUGGGGAAACCAUGCAAGUGCCAAUAUUAAAUGUAAAGUUUUGCUCACUACAUUAAAGAUAGAAUUGGG